GUCAUUCCAUUCACUAGUGGUGGCCCCGAUGUCGAUAAAUUGCUAUCGGAAUAUACAAGAAAAAUACACAAAUCACUCGCAAAUUAGGAUUUUACGCACUUUUAAUUUGUAUACAGGCCCAAGGCGAAGCGCGUACAAGUUAAGAAUUUCGACCAGGGAGGAUCUUCGCCACAGCCACCGCGGAAUCGCAGCGUCCCGCCACGUCCCCAGUUGUCCUGUGAAGCAUGUGGAGGAGCGACGCCUGAGAGCAGUUGCCAACAGAAGGCUGGUGGAACGAGCAGCGGAUCGGAUCAGCUGUAGCCCCCGCACCACUCCACUUCACUCCACACCUUACGCCACUCCACUUAAGGCACCAUCCAGCUGCGAGCGAACACAAUAAUACAGCAAUAGUGCAGCGUCAUGUUCGGGUUCGACGGGGAGUACCGCCGCCGUCCGGUGCAAAGUCUGGGUGGAGCCUCGCACACCUGCGACCGGGACACUGUCAUUCGGAAGGCGGCCCAGGAGCGCCAGAAGCGUAACGAGCUGCGCCAGAAGGAGAACGGAGCGGUGGUGCUGCAGUCGUAUGCCCGCUCCUUCAUCCAUCGUCAGCGGGCCAAGCGGGCCGAGCGGGAGGCAUUCGAUGCGUUUCUGCUGGCCCGCAAGGACAGCAUAACGGAGGACGAGAGCCUGACGUAUCUGCUACGGCGCCUCAAUUUUUUCUACAGCACCCGCGAGGCUAAGGAUGGCGAACGACUGAUCGAGGUAUGCCAGCAGAUUUUGCGACAGCCGGGUCGCCUAUUGCAGCACUCUGUGAUAGAUUCGAUGUGGCUGCUUAGGGUCUGCAAGCUGCUGGACACUUGCCUUCUCCAGCUAUCGCUGUCACAUACGGCUCAGGCCAUUCCUUUGCGAAUGCUGGAAACUUUCACCACCGUAUCGGCUGUGCAGCGCCAUGUGUUAGAUGAGGCACUGCUUUUUAAGUACUUGGAGCGCGUGUUUGGCUUCCUCAUUGCCCGCAACUACUUUUUGCGCCUUCGACAGUUGCUGGAUGAGAAGUGCCCGCCGCUGGACGGAGAGACGCUGCAUGCGCCUAGUCCACAGGCCGAUGCUCUGCUGCAGCUGCUGCUCCGACCCUUGGCGGUGGCCAGACGGGCAUCAGCUGAAGGGCAAGUUUCGUCCAUGUCAACGGCCGUCUUUCAGAACUUCAUCGUGGAUAUUUUAGCAAAGCCCCACACGGAUCCCGUGCGGUAUUUUGUGCUGCCCUGCCUUGCGGAGAGUACAGAGUUCCCCUUUUAUUUGCUGAUGCGUUCAUUGGAGGCGACAUUGAAUCUAGUCCCGAUGGACUCUGGGGAUAACAUGACCAGACGGCGCAGCUUUCUGUAUCAGGGGACAGAAGACGGCCAGAAGGCAAAAGCCCAGGUCGUUGAGGCGCUGUUCUCAUCGUUUCUACUAAACUCCCUCCUGGUGCUGGAUCGCAGGCAAUUGGCCACUUUGCAGCAGAGCUCGCUACUGGUAUCUUACAUUCGUCUAAUCGCGGAAAUGAUGCCAAAUAUCCUGCAGUUACCCAAGUCCACGUUGCGGGGUCACGCCAAUGCCCCACAUCGCCACAGGGACAGCGAUGACGAAUCUGAGGACUCGGACGAGGAAGAGGAUCAGCCGAUGGUUCACAGCUUGGACUACGAUAUGGAGCAACCGGGCAGGAUGGUCGUGGAACUAAGUGCUAAGGAACGCGACUGCUUGCUGGAAUCCAUUGCCAUACUAAACGAGUCGGAGCGGGUUGACUUCAUUGUUCAGCAGCUGGAUCCGCUCAUCGAGAAUAGUCAGCUAAUUUAUGCGCUCUGCGAGAUUUGUCACAACCUAAUGAUUUACAAUAAGCAUGCAGUCUUUGAGUACAAGUUAGUCUACACUUUAGCCUUUACACCCAAGUUCAUCCGUUCUGUGUGGUUCAAGCUAGCGGCGGAAUCAACCCAAUUGGGCUUCUCUGCUCCCCUUACCCUCAUUUCCAAGGGCGUUGUGCCCAAGCAACAAGGCGUGGAUCGUACUAUUCCUCUGCUGGCCACCUUCUGCAUGCUCUUCGGCCGCCUUUUGCCCACCUUGCACGAUGUGGAGUUUGUGGAAAACAAGCUUCUGGUGCAGACCCAGGCUACCGUUGAACAUGUUCAACUCAUGCCCUUUUCCAUUGCGGAAAUCGUGCAAAUGUCCAAGACGUUAAAGGACAUUAGCAUGGGCCUUGUAGAGCUGGCCUUUCCCGAGACGCGCAGCAAUUUGGCCAACUAUCGCAGUGUCCUCGGACACACGGAUGCCGAUGACAAGAAGCUGCGCCAUCAGAAGCAGAUCUGGGCCAACCUUCUGAACGUUGUUGUCUUUGUGCUAAAUCAGAUUUACACUCGCGAUUUGCGACUGGGCUUUUGCCCGGAGGCCCAUUGGACGGUUAGUCGGCUCGACUUGCCCCUGGAUAGACCCACAGAUCUGCCACUGACCCAUAGCAGUCGCCUGCGCGGUAUUCGACCCUUCCAGCCCAUAAGAGACUUUACACGUGAGGACUUUGAAAAUGGACCGCCCAUGUCCACGAAGCAGAUACGCUCCAUCACCAUUCUCCGGGAGAUCCCCUUUGUGGUGGCUUUUAGCAAGCGGGUGAGCAUUCUUCAGGGUCUGGUGGCGGCCAACAAGAUGCGGGUGCAGGGCAAUCUUCAAGCCUUCCUGCAGGGACCCUCCAUAAUGAUCACGGUGAGGCGGUCGCAUUUGUACGAGGAUGCCUACGAUAAGCUGCGUCCUGAAAAUGAACCCGAUCUGCGUUUCAAGUUUCGCAUACAGUUUAUAUCCCGGCUCGGUCUUGAUGAGGCGGGCAUCGAUGGCGGUGGAGUUUUUCGCGAAUUUCUGUCGGAGCUGAUCAAGACUUCUUUUGAUCCGAAUCGUGGUUACUUUAUGGUAACCACGGACAAUAAACUGUACCCGAAUCCAAAUGUGCAGGACAUUUGCGAGGAGUAUGAAAAGCACUACUACUUCAUUGGCCGCAUUCUAGGCAAGGCCAUCUAUGAAAACUUGUUGGUGGAGCUGCCUCUAGCUGAGUUCUUUCUCACCAAGCUGGCCGGCAAAUAUUCCGAUGUGGACAUCCAUCAGUUGGCCUCCCUCGAUCCCGAGCUGUAUAGGAACCUGCUGUACUUGAAGGACUAUACGGGCGAUGUAAGUGAAUUGAAUUUGGACUUUACCGUGGCCAGCAGUUCGUUGGGACAGACACAGAUUGUCGAACUGAAGCCGCAGGGCCAGACCAUCCCAGUGACUAAUUCGAAUCGUAUCGAGUAUUUGCAACUGAUUGCGGACUACAAGCUUAACGUACAGAUACGCCGACACUGCAAUGCCUUCCGCAAAGGCCUGUCAAACGUUCUGCCCAUCGAAUGGCUUUACAUGUUUAGCAACAAGGAGCUGCAAAUACUCAUUUCGGGUGCUGAGAUACCCAUCGAUCUUGAGGAUCUGAAGAAGCACUGUAAAUACGGUGGCGAAUUCACACCAGAACACCCCUCAAUUGUGGCGUUCUGGGCGGCACUGGAAGGAUUCGAUGAUAUGCAGCGCCGGAAUCUGUUGAGGUUCGUCACCAGCUGUUCCAGGCCGCCGUUGCUGGGCUUUAAGGAUCUGGACCCACCGUUCUUAAUCCAAAAUGCUGGCGACAUGGAACGCCUGCCCACAGCUAGCACCUGCACCAAUCUGCUGAAGUUGCCACCUUUUAACAGUGUGGAACAAAUGCGUGAGAAGCUACUCUAUGCCAUACAAUCCAACGCUGGCUUUGAACUCAGCUAAUCUGUCGAAGCCCCUCCUCUCCCCUGAAAUCCAGAAACAUAUCCAAAACCACAGCCAGCCAAUUCAGGAAAACGAAUCACAAUACCUUAAAAUCGGCAGAGAAUGCGGUGAAACUAUUCCAGCUAAUUUACAAAACAUUGUACAUUAUGAUUAACGUAAUUGCUUAGUGUAAAGUAUGAAGCUUAUGAGGUCUCUGUUUAUCUAAAGUUCUCUUUGUAUUUGUUUGAGUUUGUUUUUUCUUUUACCAAAAUAUAUAUAUAUAGAGAUA